AUGUCUACCACCCUGUUACUGCUAUUUCUCACAACUAUUAUUCCAUCGAAAUCAGAAGAGCCGCAGGGUUGUGAUCGACUUCGAAAUUGCGAUGAAAACGCACAAUGUGUCUAUGACAGUCACAACAGAAUUCACCGAUGUGAGUGCUAUGAAGGUUAUGCUGGAGAUGGAACGACCUGCGUGAAAAUCCACACCGAAGGUACUCAGGGAGAACGACCACCAGCCCGUCCCGUGCCUCAGCAGUGUCGUGACUCCACGGAUUGCCAUGAAAAUGGCCACUGUGUGGUGGUCGAUAAUAGUGGCUACGUCUGUGAAUGUCUGCCUGGCUAUCGUGGCGACGGGAUUCGACAGUGCGUCGUUGCUGAUCAGUGUAACCCGACGGACCCGGCCGCAUGCCAUCAAAACGCUGAAUGUGUCUACGGAGAAACUGAGCGCGCAUACGUCUGCAAAUGUGUGCGAGGCUUCACUGGAGACGGAGUUCGAUGUGUUCCUCAUGCGCAACCUCAGACGUGUCGAGAAGAGCCACGUCUUUGUCACGCCAAUGCACAGUGUGUCUUUAAUCACGAAGCGAACACAUUUGCAUGCGUAUGCAAACCAGGAUCUGUUGGUGACGGAACCCAUCGAUGUGAUCCACAAGGUCAGCACUUUUUUUAA